GUACGAAAGCGCGGCUCUUUGUGGGAUACAGGCUCUUUGAGUCUGAUACAAGGAUUUUCGAUGGUUGUUAGUCGCUCCUUUCGCGCGAAAAAUCUAACGACAGCCUCCCAUCAAUGCCUGCUGUAGAAGUACUAGACGAGCAUUUAUUACUGUUUGGUAGAAGAGUCGCCUUUAUAAUAGAUGAGAAUGAAUUUGAAUAUGUAUUGUUUGAACUACUUGAUGCAUGUGGAUUUGGACGCCGAGUGCCGUGCUGGUACGACCGCGUUGGGAGAGGGGUCAUCUCAAAUGGACGCGGCCUCCUCUCAAGACUGGAGACCUUUGCGCAGUUGCUGGAUAGUCGCGCUUUGUAUUGCUAGACUUGAGCGCCCGGUAGCACUCCUCCCACUAGGAUCAUCCACCCCCGGCACGCACUUCCUCAACCCCGGCGCGAUUCCGCUCCCCCGGCUCCUCCCCCGCCCGACAACCGUCUGGCGGCGUUGAUCGUUGGGGCAAGAUUUAGGCGGGGGACGGCGUGCGGCCAUUGAUUAAGACGGCACAGGUCGAAGCCGUUGGCCUGUCGGUGUACUCUUCUUUUUGUAGGUUUGGCCUUCUUUGCGUGCAAGUUGCGACGCUCGAGCUUGCAACUUGUAAAAAUUCCUCUUCUUGUUAUACAGUCAAAAACUUUGGCUGGGAGUUAUAUACGCUUCGUUUUUAUUGGAUAUAGUCAAAAGUUUUGGAUUUCCAGCCUCAAGCUUGAAACUGUGAGACAUUGAGGCGCAGCCUUUAAUCUUAAGCGCUCAGCUUUGGGCUUUUAGCCUGGGGCCUUCAGCUUCGCUUUUUCAAUUUUGAACUUACAGCCUUGAGCCUUCAACUUUGGGCUUUCAGCUUUGAGCUUUCAGCUUUGAGAUUUCAGCUCUGAGUAUUCAACUUUGGGCUUUCAGCUUUGAGUUUUCAGCUAUGAGCUUUCAACUUUGGGCUUUCAGCUUUGAGCUUUCAACUUUGAUCUUUCAGCUUCGACUUUUCAACUUUGACUCUUCAGCUUUGAACCUUCGACUUUGGGUCUUCAGGUGUGAGCUUUCGGCCUAACGCUUUAAGCCUUAGGCUUACGCCUUCGGGCUUGGGGUUGGGGAUAAGGCUUGGGCCGAUAAAGUCAAAGAGCUGGGCUCACUCUUUGAGCAAAGUUGUUGACUUUAGAUAGCGCAUCCGGAUUAAAUUAAAUCGCAGCGCGCUUUAUUUUAAUAAAUGCUCGACGUCUACUUGCUGGGGGUUAGUUGUGGAAUUGGGCAUAUGUAGACUUACUCGGCCGGUGUUUGUUGGUGUUACGCUGAGUGAGACACCCGCGCAAGAGUGAGGGAGAAGGGCGACAAGAGUAGGAAGGUGAUGACAGUCAGCCAAGUACAUACUGGCAACACUUGAAAAAGCACGAAGGCACGAGGAGAAACAUGCACAACGUGCGCCCUUGACAUAUACCGCGCGAAUUCCAUGCGUGGCCAAGCAUACAACGCUUUCGGGUCGUUUUCAUAGAUUCAACCGGGGUGGUUUUUGCUGGUACAACGACGAGAAACCUGCUGGCGACCAAUUGCAUAAUUAAGAACGUCAGAACAGUACAGAAGUAACCUGAUGCCGCUGCGGCUUAUUCUUGGCGGAUGUUCCUCGUUUGUCGAGUCGUUCGGCCUUUUACAGCACGAAGGCCCAACGGAUGAGGACCACAGCAGCCAGAUCGAUAAGGAGACCCAAGCGGCAUCAUACUGGUGGAGAACCUGGGCAAAAUUGAGCAGCUGCGAAGUGGGUGCGGCUCAGUUCAGUGAUGCUGCCUGUGGCGCUUUCUGCUAUCUUGGUACCCAAGUCAGUCAGUCGUCCACACGAGACGAGGCCACGGCAGAGCAGGGAGAGCAUGCGCAGAGCAUAGACGAACCGGAGCAGCUUCAACGGUGUGCAGCUGACCGCUUAGAAGCUGCGGAAGUUGUAUCAUUCAAAAAGGCGAGGGCGCAGGCAACUGUUGUGGACAGGUUCCAGCGCAUAUCCUGACUCACUAUUCGCUGCUGCACAGGCGUCCUCUGCCUCGGUACCAACCAAGGCGGACGCAGUUGCACUGCCUGAGGCAAUACGCACCGGACUGCAAAACUACGGGGACCACCCGCACUCCGAUGCGUCGCUCUAUCGCUGCCGCCUUUAGUAGUGUGCGCUUUCUCUGAGUGACGCCAGUCAUGGAAAUGCGUCGUCUAGUGGUGAAGCUGACAGCGAUUUCUGCACGGGCACACAAUGCGGGGGAGCUGUGUAUAUCGGCGAACCAUCCGACGCUUCCGCGGCGAAUAAGAUCGCCAAGUGCAACUUGGUCGAGUGGUUCUAUCUCGCACCGUAUUCGUCGCGUUGUGCGUUCAGCAUUCACCGCAGAAGCGUUCGCGCUUCUCGAACUAACAGAUGCUGCCGCACUCUGGAGGGAGCUUCUCGAAUUUGGGGCCGGACUUGUGCAGAAGUUGCGAAUUAUCUGCUAUACGGAUUGCGCUUCUCUGGUCCAGGCGUUAUCUCAGCUAGCACCACGGGCGCGCGAGAAGAGACUGCGCAUUGACCUUGCGACACUGCGCGAGUUAAUCUUCAGCGGAGCUAUUGAAGUGCGCCAUUGUCCGGCAGCACAGAACCGCGCGGACCCACUGACAAAGUCAAAGCCGGGCGGCAAAUUUCCAAUCGCAACCAACGCGCUCGACCUGUUUGCCGACCAGGAAGAUGAGCAGACCAAGCACCCCCAGCAGAUAAUGGGCGACCUUAAGCAGUUCGAGUAAGUAGUAAAAGCACCGCGGUAAAAGAACAGCACACGCAAGCGCAGCCUGGCAACUAGUCUCGUACAGCAGCGCACUCAAUACAAGCCAAAAGUAAGGAGAGGGGGGAGCAGUCUUUUUCUUGGUUCGUUUUAUUUUGUGCGUCACAAACUGCCUUUUUUUCUUUUUCAGUACCUCAAGCGACAAGUAUGACCAACAGAGAAACACUACCGAGCUACGCGCGUUUCUUGGUCGCUUUUCACUUUACAACUAACGCAGUCAGGAACCAGCUCUGAGCCCCCCUAAAAAAGCAACAGCUUUGCCCGUGUCACACAGACAAAACCAAAGAACAGCAAAAAAAAAAACAUAAGCUCACUCAGUCCGCGCAGCUCUUUCUCAAACUCAAAGCCACUCAAGUAAGCUCAGCAGCAGCAGUAAGCGCCCGCCAUAAGCAACAAGCUAUAGGCUCUUGCGUAACACGCGGCCACCUUUUAAGUAAGAACUGGGGCAGCCAUUAAAGCAACUACUACGACAGAAGUACAAGCUACAACUUCCCCCGUAGAUAAUGCGCCGCCUUUCCUCCCCUGCCUCUGCCUCCCUCCUCCUCCCGCUGGUAUCCGGAUAAGCUCUCCGUUAUCCGUACGAAGACGCCGCUCCGCACAAGUUUUCGCUUACGCCGGGUUGAACGUUGACGCACUACACACGACGAAAGAAUCCGGGGGAGUGUGGAGACGGGCUGACAUAGAUUUACUCUGCCGGUGUUUGUUGGCGUUACGCGGAGGGAGACACCAACACAAGAGUGAGGGAGAGGGGCGACAAGGGUAGGAAGGUGAUGACAGUCAGCCAAGUAAAUACUGGCAACACUUGAAAAAGCACGAAGGCACGAAGAGAAACAUGCACAAAGUACACCCUUGACAUAUACCGCGCGAAUUCCGUGCGUAGUCAAUGCUUUCGGAUCGUUUUCAUAGAUUAAACUGAGACGGUUUUGGCUCGUGCAACGACGGGGAACCCGCUGACCAAUUACAUAAGUAAGAACGUCACAACAAUACAGCGGGAACCUGAUGCCGCUGCCGCCUAUUCUUGGCGGAUGUUCGUCGUUUGUGGAGUCGUUCGGCCUUUUACAAUACGAAGAUCCAACGCACGAGGAUCAUAGCAACCAGACCAGUAAGGAGAUCCAAGAGGCGCCAGAGUUAGUUUGUUCGCGUGUUGUAUUUGUUGGUUGAUUAGAAGGGGAGCGGAAUAAUUUGCGAUGGGGGUCGCAUGUUUUUGGUUCAAGUGCUUUCGGCUCAGGUGUUUUCGGUUCGGUGUGUGUUGGGUUCGGAUGUUGGGGGGUUCGUUGUUGGUUUUUUAUCUAUCUCUGUUGUCUUAUGGCUUCUGUUGGAAUGUGAUAAAAUUUAUAAACUUCUGGGCAUCGCCGUGAAUUUUUGGAAAGUUGCAACUUUUUGAGUUCAAACCGUAAAAGUUUUGACUUUAUCGCGUAAGUUUUAAAUUUGGUACCCAUCUGCGCGAAAUCAGACCUAACCAAUUCCCAGGCCUCGCAAGUUCAUAAGUUCCUAAGUUCGUGGGGUUCUAAGUUCAUGAGCUCGGAAGGGGGAGGGCUUGGGGCUCGGAGGUGGAGGAGUGAGAGUUUGGCGGCGUCGUUGUUGUUUUUUGAUUUAUCUUUUCAAUAUUCACUGCAUGGAGCGAGGGCCCAGCCCAAGACAGAGGUUCCAGUUGCACGGGAAUGCA